UCCUAUGAGGGGGACUCAUACACGGGUCGGCUCUAGGACCCGGGAGACAGGCUGCCACAGAGGCAUUGCAGACAGCGCGUUUGGGAGGUGUAGUGGAAGAAAGGCAAAGAAACGGAGUAAAUGAGAGCACUUUUGUCCAGAUUGUUGAAGGACUUAUCAACUUAAUAUACCGCCGAAACAGCUCACUAUAAUGAGACGGACACAUUGUUGAAUUCCUGUCCAGGUAACCACCAUUGAGAAGGCGGCUGUAAACCCCAGGACCUCGUCUCCAGGCUCCUGCACAGAGCCGAGUGAAGAAAACCUUUGAAACAAAUCUGUGUCUCUCCCUGUGGGAAACCUGGAUCCUCCACCCUGCCCACCAACAUGACCAAUGUGGUGAUUGUCAAGGAGGGGUGGCUGCAUAAAAGAGGAGAAUACAUCAAGACCUGGAGGCCGAGGUAUUUUCUCCUGAAGAGUGAUGGUACAUUCAUUGGCUACAAAGAGCGACCGCAAGAUGUUGACCAGCUGGAAACCCCCUUAAAUAACUUCUCUGUCGCACAGUGCCAGCUGAUGAAGACGGAACGGCCCAAGCCCAACACAUUUAUCAUCCGCUGCCUGCAGUGGACCACUGUCAUCGAGCGCACCUUCCACGUGGAGACCCCCGAGGAGAGGGAAGAAUGGACUAAAGCCAUCCAAGCAGUGGCUGAAGGCCUGCAGAAACAAGAGGAGGAGAUGAUAGACUCCUCUCCGGACCCCAUGGACAUGGAGGUCUACCUGACCAAACCCAGACAGAAAGUGACUAUGCACGACUUUGAAUACCUCAAACUCCUGGGAAAAGGCACUUUUGGCAAAGUUAUCCUGGUAAAGGAGAAGGCCACAGGACGCUACUACGCCAUGAAGAUCCUAAAGAAGGAGGUGAUCGUAGCAAAAGAUGAAGUGGCGCACACACUGACAGAGAACAGAGUCCUCCAGAAUUCAAAGCAUCCGUUCUUGACAGGACUGAAAUACUCCUUCCAGACACAUGACCGCUUGUGCUUUGUCAUGGAGUAUGCAAACGGCGGUGAGCUUUUCUUCCAUUUGUCAAGGGAUCGUGUAUUCUCAGAGGAGCGGGCACGGUUCUACGGUGCAGAGAUCGUGUCAGCGCUGGACUACCUGCAUGCUGAAAGAAACGUGGUCUAUCGAGAUCUAAAGCUGGAAAACCUUAUGCUGGACAAAGACGGACACAUAAAGAUCACAGAUUUUGGCCUGUGUAAGGAGGGGAUCAAAGAUGGCGCCACCAUGAAAACGUUCUGUGGGACGCCAGAGUACCUAGCACCCGAGGUGCUGGAAGAUAACGACUACGGCCGUGCUGUGGACCUCAAACUCGUAGAGCGUUUGAUGGACUUGUCAAGCGACGUCACCGUGUCGGCAGGAGAGGCGUCGGAGAGUUUCGCCCGGUUGUCAUUCCCAGAGGAAGAAGAGGAAUGCUAA